UUGUUAGUGUGUUUGCCUUGUAUUAUUUUAUUGUUUUGUUUGUUAAGCUUUAUAAGUUAUAUAAGUUGAAAAUAUUGUAAUUUUACUUUGAUUAUGAAAAAUGAUCCAGAGCAACGAACGUGUCUUGCUACCAUAUCCAUGCCCUCUCUCUAAGACUACGUUCGUUGAUCUAAAACGUAAAGAAAAGAUAGGUAAGAGGCGCAGGCAGAGCGUCGAGCGGAGCCGGAGAACAUGAAUUUCAUACCAAGAGCCUUGGCGAAAAAGCCUGCAAAGAGAAAUGUGCCAAUAGUGAAGAAAAAGGGGGCAAACUUAACUCAGAAUGCAUCUACCUCAUGUCAAGCAGCAGCCCGGGUCCCAGCUGCCAAUUUUCCAAGUGUAGAAAUCAGAGAACCUCCAGGAAGAGAUGAUGAUAAGGGCACCAGUGGGAUAUCAUUGACCAGUGACCAACAGGAUGAUGGUAUUUCAGAAGGCAGCAAGUGCAUGAAUCAAGCACUAACUGUUGAUCUCCUUCCUAGUGUUGAUGACUCAAAAAACCCUGAACCAGUCCAGGCUUGUGGAUCGCCGUCUUCUAAAGGUGUCACAUUAAGGAAUGAAAGUGAUGAAAUUUUCACUGAGAAUUCAGAGAGGACACCAAAUGAGUCACACAAAGACAAACUUCAAAGGCUUCAGGAGUUGAGUGAUCGAAUAUCAAGUCGAGCCACUGUCAUGGAAGGACACCAAGACACGAUGUUUGGAGAGGCCUUACAUGUACCUCAUGCCAAACUAUCGUCUGACCGAGCUGAGUAUGAGGAAACAUUGUUGAUCCAGGAUGUACAACAUGGUGUCCAAGAGGAAGAGAACCCUGAAAGCGAUGAGGAGCCUCCACCCAUUGUAUCCUUCAGCAAGAACCAGCGUUGGCCAGACGAGGAUGAGCCAGUCUGUGUGGUGUGUGGGAAGUAUGGGGAGUAUAUAUGCGAUCAGACUGAAGCAGAUGUAUGCAGUCUAGAGUGUAAGGCGAAGAACUUGAUCAGGAGAGGAAUUCAACCCACUAUUCCCCAGACUAAGAAGCCAGCAGAUAAUAAUACCUGCAUAUCUGUCCAGGAUACUGCUGCUGCUGCUGAUGAUGUGAAUGAUUCACCUGAGGAGGAUGAUAAACCAUUCAUUUACAGGGAACAUCCAGACAUCUCCGACCUCACAGCGGAAAGGGUGCAAGACAUCCGCAAUGAGGUUCAGAUUUUUGUUGAAGGCAUAAAUAUACAUAGGCCCAUCCUGGAGUUUGAGCAGCUUCGUCUUCCAGCUAAGAUCCAGAGUAAUCUCCAGGUAUCAGGAUAUGUGACCCCUACACCAAUCCAGAUGCAAGCUAUCCCAUCAGCCCUUGCACUAAGAGACCUUAUGAUAUGUGCCCAGACCAGCUCGGGAAAAACCCUCUCAUUCCUCGUGCCUUCAGUGAUUACCAUUUAUAACCAAGUACUUACAAGGUUUGGAAGCAAAGAUCCUUAUGUGCUUAUCCUGACUCCUACAAGAGAACUUGCCAUGCAGAUAGAAGAACAGGCAAAACAACUUAUGAAAGGAUUGUCAAGCAUGAAGACAGCACUCUUAGUUGGAGGGCUCCCUCUACCACCACAGUUGCACAGGUUACAACAAGGUAUUCAGUUUAUUGUAGGUACUCCAGGUAGGAUCAUGGACAUUAUCAACCAAGAAGGUGUUAAUCUGAGUGAUAUCAAGUUGGUUGUGAUUGAUGAAGUAGACACCAUGCUACAACUUGGAUUCCAGCAGCAGGUCUAUGACAUCAUGACCCACUUACCAGACAACCACCAAACCAUCUUUACCUCGGCAACCAUUCCAGCAUCCAUAGAGAAAAUGGCCUCUUCUCUUCUGAACAACCCCGUCUUUAUCUCUGUGGGAACGCCCAGCACUCCCUGUACCUCUGUGAAACAGGUCAUCUUAUGGGUGGAGGAACCAUCAAAGAAGAAGAAACUCUUUGCAAUUCUUCAAGAUCCCAAACAUUUCAGGCCACCAGCUUUAGUCUUUGUCAAUUCCAAACCGGGAGCAGAUCUUCUUGCUCAAGCAGUUGGAAAGAGCUGUGGUAUAUCGGUAGCAUCACUACAUGGAGACAAGCCUCAGAUUCAGCGUAAUGAGAUCCUGCAGAAGUUUAAAGAUGGUGCACAUGAUGUCAUGAUCAGUACAGCUGUGCUAGGGCGUGGUAUUGACCUGCCAGGGGUCAAGAUGGUUGUGAACUUUGACAUGCCAGGGACAGUGGAGGAAUAUAUACAUCAGAUUGGGAGAACAGGGCGCUUAGGAACAUCUGGUACAGCCAUGACAUUUAUCAACAACAACAGCAAAAAGCUCUUCCUACAGUUAACCAGCCUGCUGAAACCUCUGGGUGUCCUGUUACCUCCCGAGCUGAUCAACUCACCCCAUCUUAGCUAUCAGAGACAGCAGCAUCGGUCAAGGGACAGGCAGGUGGAUGCCUCACGUCGCAUGCCUGGAGGCAGUGGAUACCAUCACACCAAGCGGAACAGAGACAGGGAAAGCGUGACUGACAUCUUGAAGAAAAGGAAAAGAAAGUUCAAGCCCUGAAGAAGUUCCACUUAUGGUUAUUGCAUUAAAGGAAGACCAAGCUAUAACCUAAACAGGAUUAAAUGAUCCUCAGGCUUGCAGGAAAAUGAUGCUCUGACCAGUUCCAGAUGCAGUGGAAAGUACUUCCAUCUCCGACAGCCAAGAACUUCACUGAAUAAAGCCACCAAAUGUCAGUUUUUAUAAGUCAUGCAAAUUCUUCCAUAUUCUGGUUUCCUUGCCCAUUCUAUCUACCUCUAUUUGUAUCAAGACAUUUGAGUGAAUUGUAUGAAAGGGGUUUCUUUGUCAAAUGAUAUUCAGUUUAGAAGAAAUGAAGAAUAAAGCCCAGGAAAAGAUAGAUUGGGCAAAAGUGACUAAGUUCUCUUGGCAAAACAUAUUUUGGAAGCUCCAAAAAAUUUAAGUUCAAUUAUUUCAUGAUUGAGAAAUUGUUUUAAAAAUGUCCCAGAUUUACAAUGUCUGUAGACACAUUUUUGUCAUAAUUGGAGUAAUUGCUCUUUUGUUCCCUAUUUAUUUUGUGAUUUUCAAGUAAACCUUGCAUACACUGAAUAAAAAAUAAAUUUUCAAAUAAUUUAUAGCAUUUGUGUAUUGUACAGGUAUGUUCACACGUACCCAAUAAUACAUGUAGCACAGUAAACUGAAUUAAAUACACAUUUAAUCAAACUGAAAUUGUAUU